AUGACUGCUUCGCAGCUUCUCUCUGCUCUCAUUCUGGCGCUCCUCCUGUGUGAGGAGGGUGACGCCUGGUCUUACAACGCUUCCCCGGAGCCCAUGACGUUUGACGAGGCCAGCGCUUACUGUCAGGAGAGGUACACCCACCUGGUCGCCAUUCAAAACCAGGAGGAGAUCCGACACCUGAACGCCACGUUCGACUACUCUCCAAGUUACUACUGGAUUGGGAUCAGGAAGGUCAACAAUCAGUGGGUCUGGAUAGGGACCCAGAGGCCUCUGACGGAGGAAGCCCAGAACUGGGCUCCGGGCGAACCGAACAAUAAGCAGAGCGACGAGGACUGCGUGGAGAUCUACAUCCGGAGACACAAGGACGCCGGCAAGUGGAAUGACGAGCGGUGCAGCAAGAAGAAGCUCGCCUUGUGCUACACAGCUGCCUGUACCCAAACAUCCUGCAGCGGCCAUGGUGAGUGUGUGGAGACCAUCAACAACUACACCUGCCGGUGCCACCCCGGCUUCAGUGGACUCAGGUGUGAGCAAGUUGUGACCUGUCAGGAGCGGGAAGCCCCCGCGCACGGGAGCCUGGUUUGCACCCACCCUUUGGGGCGCUUCAGCUACAACUCCUCCUGCACCGUCAGCUGUCAGGAGGGCUACCUGCCCAGCAGUACCGAGGCCACAUGGUGCACGUCCUCGGGGGCCUGGAGCGCCUCCCCUCCAGCCUGCAACGUGGUUGAGUGUGAUGCUUUGACGCGCCCUGCCAAUGGACGCGUGGAAUGUUCUCAAAGCCCCGGGAGCUCCCCAUGGAACACGACCUGUGCAUUUCACUGUGAGGAAGGAUUUGAACUACUGGGGCCCCAGCGCCUCCAGUGCACCUCGUCUGGGAACUGGGACAACGAGAAGCCAACGUGUAAAGCUGUGACGUGCGGUGCCAUCGGCCAUCCUCAGAAUGGCUCUGUGAGCUGCAGCCAUUCCCCUGCCGGAGAGCUCACCUUCGGGUCAUCCUGUGACUUCACCUGCGAGGAAGGCUUCCGGUUGCAGGGACCGGCCCAGGUUGAAUGCACAGCCCAAGGGCAAUGGACACAGCGAGCGCCAGUGUGUGAAGCUUUCCAGUGCAAAGCCUUGUCCAGCCCAGAGAGAGGCUACGUGAAUUGUCUUCCCAGUGCUUCUGGAAGUUUCCAAAGCGGGUCCAGCUGCGAGUUCUCCUGUGAGCAGGGAUUUGUGUUGAAGGGAUCUGCCAGGCUCCAGUGUGGUCCCACAGGGAAGUGGGACAGUGAGGAGCCCACAUGUGAAGCUGUGAAAUGUGACACUGUCCGCCAGCCCCAGAGUGGCCUGGUGAGGUGUACCCACGCCCCUGCUGGGAGAUUCACCUACGGGACCUCCUGUGCCUUCAGCUGUGAGGAAGGCUUCCAACUACAUGGGGCAGCUCAGCUCGAGUGCACAGCUCAGGGACAGUGGACACAGGAGGUCCCCUCCUGCCAAGUGGUGCAGUGUCCGGGCCUGGACUUUCCUGGGCCAGCCGACAUGAACUGCAGCGGGGCGCCAGUGUUCGGUGCGCUGUGUGUGUUUGCGUGCCCGGAAGGAUGGACGCUCAAUGGCUCGGCAGCUCUGACGUGUGGUGCCACGGGACACUGGUCUGGGGUGCCGCCUACCUGCGAAGCUCCCACGACGUCCAACGUCCCCUUGGCAGUCGGACUCUCGGUCGCUGGAACCUCCCUCCUGACGUUAGCAUCGUUUCUCUUCUGGCUUCUGAAACGUCUUCGGAAGAAAGCAAAGAAAUUUAUUCUUGCCAGCAGUUGCCAAAGCCUUCAAUCAGAUGGGUCCUACCAAACGCCUUCUGAGUCCAUUUAAGUCCCAGG